AUGGAACAAACUGCAACUGAAGAAUGGAAACAAAUGAUGCAGGACUACUCCUACAAAAAAGCCAACCUUCCCUGAACUAACCCUCCUCCUGUUGUCCGAGUCCGGCAUUCUGACAUAAGAGAGCUUGAAAGUCGUUAUAAUCCAAUCCUCCAAGUCUAUACAAGUCCUGAAGUUGAACAAAAAGUCCAAGAAAUCGAACAAGACCGUUUUAUCGACACUUUAGCAAAAAAUAAAGACAGAGCUCUUCGCUAUGAGCAGACUUUUGAUGUCGUAAACCUAGAAAGUAAGCUAAAAGGCUUAGAAGGACUUCCAGGCUACCCUGAAGAAAAAGUGCCUGACUAUAAGCGCAGGAGGCUUGGAAAUAACACUAAGGCAGAUUACAAUAUAAUUUCGUGCCUGGAUUUUGCAGACCAUCAUUUCUUACCUCCAGAGCAGCGGCCUCCACGGCCUGAAGUCAAGCCUCAGACUUAUAAAAUUUGUGCAGUUGAAUAUAGAGAUUUUGAUAUAAUCACAAACCGAUAUCUGCAGCAUCAUGAUGAAAAAUCAACCAUUGAUAAAGAAGCUUAUAAGCAGCAAGCUGCUGAGUUAUUUUGGAAAACCCAUAGCUUUGACCCUGUAACUGUAAGCUACGUUGACCCAGAUAAGGAAGAAGAAUUUCAGAAAAUCCGUGAAGAAAGAGAAAAAGUCCAUGGAAAAGACCAAAUAGAAAAAUUGCCAAAUGGGGUAAAAUACAGUGAGGGGGCGUUGUAUCUUUUUAAUUGAAGGUGGUUUCCUAGAGAUUUGCCUGAUUGGUUUACGCGUUGCCUGUAGACCUUCUGGACUUCCCCUUUCCAGUUCCAAUCCCUCGCUUUCCUUUAAGAUAAAAUCCAACCCUGAAAGCGGACAAUGGCUAGGCUCCACACAAUGCCAGAAUUGCUUACCUAUCAUUUUUGUCCAUUUCUGAGUUGACGAAGCCUUGUCUGAUAUAAUCAAAUAUGUGCCCAAGGUUGAUGGCCUGGCCAAGGACGCCAUAUUUAUUUAUAAGGACGUUGUAUCAACCUAUUAAUAUGAGAGUAGUUGAUGAAAAAAGAUUGCAGGAAAUUGAUAUGAAAAAGAAAAUGGCUAAACAAAGAUAUAAUGCAAGAUAUGACUAUGAAAAAGAGGUAAAGGAGAAAGAUGUGGUUUUAGAUGAUAAAGUUAACGAGCAGACUCUGAAUAGAAUCAGGCAUGAGAGGUUUAUGGAGACCAGAUAUAGAGGGUACAAUAUUAUAAAUAAUGCAGCUUUUCAAGGAAAAGAUUCAGAAAAACUAUAUGAUCCAUUAACUAAGCCAGCUGCGUCACUUUGGCAGAGAGCGAUGAGCCAAGCACAAAGUGAAAAUGGCCAGAAAACUGAAAAUUUGCUAAUCUUCCUCAUAUUUUUAAUUUAAUAAAUUUAUUUAUAUAAAUUUGACAUAAAAAUUGGAGUAAGCUCAUUCAAUAAAACUUCCCCAGAAUUCCGGCAAACAAGCGAAAAACAGGUUUCCAGACCAAUUUCCCAGGUGUCAAGGCCAAAUUCUGACAAAGUUUCAGUAUCUUCCAGAAUGUCUACUCCUGGCGCUAGGCCAAUUCGCAGUUCAGGGUUCCGUAUUGUAAGCUAA